AUGAAUUGUUAUCCAAUGGUGCAGUUUGGCCAGAAGCUAAUCGAGUUUUUGACCCAGCCGGAGAAGACGGAUGAGUCUGGCGGCGACGCUGCGGCUCCGUUGCCUUUGAAGAAUUUCGGCAAGUUGAUCCGUUACAACAACGAUGAAUUGACCGAGCAGGGUGACUUGACUGUGGCGGCAAUUCCGCGUUACUGGCAAAAAUAUUUAAAGAUGCAGGGUCUGAAGCUGCGCAUCGAUGGCGACGAAUUGCUCCCCACCGAGGUGGAGCGCCAGGAGUUGAUCGAGCAGUCUCGCAUGUGGCGUUUUCCGCUCGUCGAAGUCACUGUGCUGAACAAGGAACGCUACUCUCUGCGUUUCCAGCGCCAUCCGAUUAUUGCACACGUGCUUAAAUCUGUGCUCACGCUGCGCGGCGAUUACGGCCGGUCGGCAAAAAACAACCAUUCGCGCACCAUAUGCUUGCAGUUGCAAGCCGAUGCCGGAGCCGUCGAUGGCGGGCAGGACUUGCGCCAUUAUCGCGUGCAGCAACUAUACAAGAUACUGCUGCGCCUGGUUGACUACUCGUCUUGGCGCCUUGUGGAGCCGAAUGACCGCCAGAAGGACACCAUCUGUGUGACUGUCGAACUGGAGAAAUGCUGCAAGCGCGAGAAGCCCGUGGGACAUGUGUGCCUCACAAGCGGUCCUGUUUUGGAGCCCAUGAAUAUGGGCGCCACCUUUAUGACUGUUAACGAGUACUUAGAGCUGCGCCGCAAGCAUAUGGAGCUGAUGGCCACGCAACGGUCCGGAAUGUGUCCGGUAGGAAUGAGCAGCCUUGAGACGCUGACGAAGCGUCUUGGAGCCGCUGCCGUGAUUGUGGAUCUCUUUGUGGUGCGCCACUCCAGCGCCGUGCGUAUGGUGCGCUUUGGAAUGGGAAUUUGCAAGGGUGCUUCGUACAUCUUGUACAAUUCGGCACGUAUGGAGACGCUGCUGCGCAAAUUUCAUCAUGAGGUUAGCACUGGUGCCUAUGAGAGACUGCCACUGCUGGAUGAGAUCGAUUUUAGCGUUCUAGAGGAUGGUGUUGACUGGGAGUUGAUUUAUGGCUACCUCCUUACCUUUCCGGAGCUAAUGGAGUCCACAAUGGAACAAUUGGACCAGGGUAAUUGCGGUGUCCAUCUGCUUGUGCACUUCGUUGAGAACCUGGCUGCCGCCUUCAGUCGCUUUUAUUAUCGUAAGAAGGUCCUUCUUCAGAAGCGCGAUGAACUUAUGCCGAUCCUGUACGCCAGGAUCUACCUGAUCAAGGCGGUGAGACAGGUCAUGAAUACGGCUCUGGCCGUCCUGGGCAUAGAACCGGUGGACUACGUAUAAAGAUAUGUUGAGCAUAUCUUCUAUACGCAAAAACACAAAAACAAGAGGCUGAUGCGAAACCGUACCAAAACCGAAAGCUGUCUCAACAGUGGGCGGUAAUAAUAUAAUAAUAAUAUAAUAAUGACAUGUGAUCUUUAAAAUGAACAUACAAUUCUCAUAUAACAUAGUUACAUUUCUCAUUUUAUAAAAUAAUAAUCAAAAUAUUGCAGUAUUUACUUGUAUACAAAACGCUGAAACGUUGAAUAAA